AUGUCAUUAAUUGCUACUGAGAGAAACAUUUUCCCCCAAAGUUAUCGUGGCCGAUUGACCGAGGGUGUUACUUAUGACUACCGCAACAAUAAAUUGCUAUGGGUUGAUAUAAUCCAAGGUGAGGUGCAUCGUCUACUGUUGGAUGAUCUCAACAAGCACGAAGUUUUGAAAUGGUCCGACCCCAAAGAAUCUGUUGGAUUCAUUGCGCUUACCAAGAAGGAAAAUGUUGUAUUAGUUGCUGCCAAGUCGGGGUUGGCGUUGGGUGAUUUUAGUAACGGCACGUUGGAGUACUUUUUCAAAUACCCAUUUACAGAGUCAGAGACAACGAGAUUGAGAUCAAACGAUGGGAUUAUAGACCCUUGGGGUAACCUUUGGAUCGGAGUGAUGACGGAUUUCCCCAUUAGUGCUAAGGAGGGAGUACAACCAGAGGGUAAGUUGUUGCGUAUUACUCCUGAUUUGAAAGUUGAUGUGAUGUUGGAAAACACUAACAUCUCCAACGGUAUGGCUUUCAAUGACAAUGGAAUCGAGGUGUUUUGGACUGAUUCACUAAAUUACACCAUUUACAAGUUCGACUAUGAUCCAAAAACAAACAAAUUGAGCAACAAGACGCCAUUUAUUGAAACUAAACACUUUUACCCAAAUGAAAAUGAUCCAGAACCGGAUGGAUUGGUGCGAACUGUGAAUGGACAUAUAUACGCAGCUGUCUUUUCAACGUCAACAAUAUUACAUGUUAAUGAAAAGGGAGAAUUGGUGGAAAAGAUUCCAGUUGCGGCCAAAAGAUGCACUUGUGUCACUAUCGGUGGUGCUGAUGACGAUGAUUUAUUUAUCACGACUGGACACUUGAAACUUGAUGAUUUCAGUGUCAAGAUUGAUGCGGAUGAUAUGUUUGGUGAUCUUGGUGGGUUCUUGUUUAAAUUGAAAGUCGAUCUCAAGGGUCAAAGGAAAAACGUUUGGGGUGGUAAAGUGUAG